UAAACAUCAAUGACCUGAUGAAGCUUAUAAAAUAGCUUGGGAGAAGCCAGCCACCAAGACAGGCAUCUCAAAUUGGAAGAUUUUGCAUGUGGACACUGCCUUCAACUUGAUUUAAAAAAAGGUCCCUCGACAGCUACCCGGCCCCGAGAUGGUGACGAUGCUGUUGCUGCUUUCCACACUGGCUGGCCUCUUCGCUGCGGCAGAGGGACAAGCUUUCCAUCUUGGGACAUGCCCGACUCCCCCGGUGCAGGAGAAUUUUGACGUGAAUAAGUAUCUUGGAAGAUGGUAUGAAAUUGAGAAGAUCCCAGCGAGCUUUGAGAAAGGAACCUGCAUCCAAGCCAACUACUCACUAAUGGAAAACGGAAACAUCAAAGUGCUAAACAAGGAGUUGGGACAGGAUGGAACUGUGAAUCAAAUUGAAGGCGAAGCCACCCCAGUUAACCUCACGGAGCCCGCCAAGCUGGAAGUGAAGUUUUUCUGGUUGAUGCCAUCGUCACCGUACUGGGUCCUGGCCACCGACUACGAGAACUAUGCCCUUGUGUACUCCUGCACCACGAUCGUCUGGCUUUUUCACGUGGAUUUUGCUUGGAUCUUGGGAAGAAACCCUUACCUCCCUGCAGAAACAGUGACCUCUCUAAAAGAUAUCCUGACUUCUAAUAACAUCGAAGUUGAGAAAAUGACUAUCACAGAUCAGGUGAACUGCCCCGAGUUCCUGUGACCAGGCUGGAAAGGGAGGCUACAGCCGCUUCAUGUUACUUCUGCCUUGCUUUCCCCCACCCAGCCGCCCCUCAUAAAGACAAACCAACCACAACAAACCGUCACAAAUACCAGAGGGAAAUGUGCCUGCAAAAGUCUGUGCAAGGGAGCUCAAGGAAAGUUAGCCCAACACUUAGCCACGCCCUACCCUGAUACCUUGCUAGCGCAAUAAUA